UGUUGCAAUUUCAAAACUAACUAACUAACUAAAGUUCAGACACUAGAUUUUAGUGAGCACGUAAGCAUAACAUUAUAUAUACAUUUGUAUCCCAAUAACAAAGGUGCUGAACGCACUAAACGUUAUUGCCUGAUUAAAAUUAAAUACAGCGUGUUAACCUGAUCAAAUAUUAUUUCUCAGAUGUGUGCUAGUUAAAUUUAUACAGUUUGCAAACAUACCAAUAACAGCCAUGGUUGAUGUAUCGAUGCAGUUGAUGAUGUCUGACUUUAGUCUUUAGUGCUAGCUUGGAAAAUUUAAUUUUCUGAACCACUCGGUCACCAAGGUUUCAUAGUUUGUUAUUGUUAACUCCUCCUCCUGUUACCAAGGUUUCAUAGUUUGUUAUUGUUAACUCAGCUUGUGAGGCAGGACUUUACGGUGCUUUAUAUAGCCUCAGCCUUAGAUUGCCUCUACUUAAUUGUCUACAUCUGUGUUGACUUCACAUAGGCACCUUUCUUCGUGUGAUUUUCUAUCACUGUGUUGCAAUGUCUGCAAAUAAACAGGAAGCAUUUACUGAUACAGUACAGAUUGUUUUAAUCGGUGCUUCGGGCUCUGGUAAGAGCUGCUCUGGAAACACAAUAUUGGGCCAAAAACUGUUUGCAUCAGAAGCAUCUGCAAAGUCGGUGACAUGUGAAUGCCUAAAAACAGCAAAUAUAAUCAAAGGCUGGCAGGUUACAGUAAUGGAUACUCCAGGCUGGGACUGUACUGAUCUCACUGAAAAUGUGGUUAUGUCACAGAUAAAACAGGCUAUACAGAAUCUUCGAGGACCUUACUCUUUUCUCCUGGUCAUACGAGUUGGCUCUAUGGAAACUGAAGAGGAAAUUAGUAAAAUCUAUGGACUUAAAAGUGUGCUUGGACCCUCCUUUAUGGAUCAUACUACAAUCCUGUUUACACGCAGUGAUGACCUUGAGGGUAAAUCUUUUAAGGACUUUAUCAAUGAAGGAAGUAAAGAGUUUCAUAAUCUAUUAAAGCAAUGUGGGAACAGACACCACUGCUGGAACAAUAGAGAUAACAGACCGGAUGAUGCAGUGGAAAUGCUGCUAAAGGAUUUAAAAAGAACAGAAAUGAGAAACAAAAUUUCCCAGACAACCAAUAAAGAAAAAAACCUUUCUGUUGUUUCCUCUUAUGUUGAUCAAGAAGAAGGUGCAGUGACUACCUGCAAGACAUCAAGAAACGCAACAGGCUUAGAGACAUGUAUGUAUGAAAACCAAAUCAGAGCUUUAUUCCUUGGAAGGAACGGAGUGGGAAAGACCUCAAGCAUCAAAACUCUCCUUACAUGUGUACAAAAUGAAAUCAGAGGAGGUCCAGUUUAUACAUGUAGUAGCUCUGGACUGAGUCUGAAGCUGGUAGAAUCUCCUGGCUUUGAUGAUAAUGUGGAACAAAUCCAGAUGGCUAUCUCAAAAUCACUGUUUGACUGCUGUCCUGGACCUCAUGUCAUUAUUAUAGUGCUCAACAUUGGGCGAUUCACUCCAGCGGCAAAUACAGCCAUGAAACAUGUACAAGAUUGUCUUGGAGAAAAUGCCAAAAAACACACAAUGAUUCUCUUCACUGGAGAAGAUAAUUUGGAGGGUAAACCAAUUGAAAUCUUCAUUCAGGAGAAUCAGCAACUCAGUGAAUUAUUGAAAAUACAUGAAAACAGAUUUCAUGUGCUCAAUAACAGAGACAUCAGGAAUGAGAUUCAAGUGAAUGAACUCCUGAAGAAGAUUAACGACAUGUAUGAACAAAAUAAUAAAGAAUUUUACAAGAAAGGACAAGAAUCCCUGGAUUCUGAUCAACAAAAAGGAAUGGCAUCUACAAUGAGCAGCUCAGAUCGUAAUGUAAAUGCUCCAACAUCUGGCGUUAUGAACACAAUCAGGACACGCCUGGGCAUAUAAGUAGAUUGGUUUCAUAUCUUACAAGCAGAAGACAAGCAGAUCAAGAGUAUUUACCCAACAAUAUUGUAGUUAUUUCUGCAAUAUCUUCAUAAAACACCUGAAGCAGAGUUUUUUCCUGACACUUGGUCUGGUUAUGUGUUAUUUACUCUAUAUUGCAACACGUGCUUGUUCCUUUUUGUUGUAUGAUUACUUUCUUUUUUAUUGUAAACCAAUGUAUAUUGCACAUUACAUAUUAGUGCUCUCUGAAAAUUUGUGUUGUUAUUUCAAAUUGUUUGAAAUUGUUUCAAAAUGUUAUUUCAUUGUUUAUUGCACUUUCUUGUAUUUCUCUAUUAUUAGAUGUUAUUCUCUGUUAUUAGAUAUCAUGACUGUAAUGGUUAUAGUUUUCCUGCUUGUUUUGUGAUUAGUGUUUGUAGAUUCCUAAAACUAAUAAGACAUAUGAUUCAGCGAUUCUUUCUGUAUUUGGAGACAUCUCAAUAAUCAGCUAUAAUAAAAAUUCUUUGAAAUAAA